GGGAAAUCAACUGAAGGUCAAAAGGGGGAUCAAUGAUUGGUGUCGACCUAAAGUGGUCAUCGUCAGGGACCCAUGGGGUGAGACUCGAGCGUCGGGGCCACACUUCGAUGUGUAUAUCGCAGCUCUAUCACGUUGAGAAUGGCGAGGCGGGCGCAAAAAGGGGGUCCGCUGUCGAUUGACACGGAAAACUGAGUGAGGAGGGAAAGAAGGCGUUGUCUGUGCAACAGAAGCCAGUAAGUGGGGGUGAACAGCGACACCCCUCCCGCCCCUCGCCCCUCUCCCUUCCCCUCCUCAAGGUUGUAAUUGGAGCAGACAGCAGUUGGUCAGGCCGGCCUGACUGACAGACAACAACAGUCCAAACCCGACCAAACCAAAACUCACACAGAAGACUUUGACGCGAGCCGCAUUGGAAUUGAGGUCGAAGAAAAAACGCACGCAGAAGUUUGGACGAACCGACUAAGCUAUCUGUUUUGCGGAGGGGAGACCCCUUUUUGGGGGGUUUUGGAAGGCGCCAUGAGAAGCCCGGAUCUGAUCCUGCUGGCAUGUUGCGUGUGCAGCCUGAGCACAUUGGGAGGAGGAGGAGCCUAUAUAUGCUUCUUCUGUCUUUUAUCAAAGUGACUUCAAAUAAAUGCCCAUUCAAAUUUGCUCUGCGUGUUACUGCCAUCAGUUAUAUUCACGGUAAGCAUCCUUCUCCUGGGCAUCAGCAUUACCUCGUCUGAUCCUGCUGCACUUUAUUCCGGUGCAUUCGUCAAGUCAGCGGAACUCGGCAGCGAUGGGGGAGAGAAUGCACGAUUCUAGCCUUCGACAACCGCUUCCCAGCCUCGCCCGUCACCAGCCAUGCUCGCCUGUGCCUCUGGCUAAUGGGGGGUGCCUCGCUUGGUGAUCGUUGUCAUUUAUUCCCGUCAGGUCAGAUCCUGCCGGGGCCUCAGCUACGCCAAACGUGAUGAAUGCUGCAUCGCCGCUGAAUAUAAAUGUGUCUCACCUUCCAACACUGAGAAAGAAAGGGUGGAAAUGAAGCAGGAGUUUAUGUAUGAAACCGCUGUGGACUGUAAUCGUUUGGGUUUCGGUAGGUUCAGGUGCGUCUGACGUGGAGAAGGCUCUGAUAAGGACGCUCUUUACCGGCUACAACCUGAAGGUGCGGCCGGCAGCCAACCCUGAGGAUAGGGUGGUGGUCCGUGUGGGGAUGGUCCUUUCCUCCUUCGUUGGACUGAAUAUGAAAAAUGAAGAGAUGAGCACCACCGUGUUCAUGAACCUGGAGUGGACGGAUUAUCGGUUGUCAUGGAAACCCAAGCAACAUGAUGGGAUUGAGGUGAUGCGUCUACCCGCUGGGAAGGUUUGGCUGCCUGACAUCGUCCUCAUAAAUAAUAACGACGGCGUGUUCGACGUCGCGCUGCACGUCAGCGUCCAGGCGUACAGCACGGGCCGAGUGACCUGGACGCCCCCGGCGCUCUACUGCAGCUCCUGUGGAGUGAAGGUGGAGUACUUCCCCUUCGACUGGCAGAUCUGCACCAUGCAGUUCCGCUCCUACACCUACGACUCCACGGAGAUCGACAUCCAGUACGCGCUGGACUCCAAAGGCAAAGAGAUCAGAGAGAUCGAGCUGGACGAGGCUUACAUCGAGGGCGGCGAGUGGCACAUCACGAACAUGCCGUGCAGGAAGAACAUGAACGACGACCUCUACGAGGACAUGACCUUCUACCUCAUCAUCGAGAGGAAGCCCCUGUACUACGUCUUGAACAUCAUCCUCCCCUGCCUCCUCAUCACCAUCAUCGCCAUCUUCAACUUCUACCUGCCUCCCGACGCAGGAGAGAAGAUGGGUCUGUCCAUCAACGUGUUGCUCACCCUCACCGUGUUCCUGCUGCUGCUGGCCGAUAAGAUCCCGGAGACGUCCCUGGGGGUCCCGCUCAUCGUCAACUACAUCAUGUUCACCAUGAUCCUCGUCACGUUCUCCGUCAUCUUCAGCGUGGUCGUCCUGAACCUGCACCACCGCUCGGCCAACACCCACCGGAUGCCCAUGUGGAUUCGCAAGAUCUUCAUCCACCUGCUGCCUCCUUACCUGGGCAUGCUGAGGCCAAAGGUAGAGACCCCCCUCUCCCUGGAGAUCAUGCCCCGUCGAGAGAAGAAGAUGAUCACCAUCAGCAAGGUGGCGGAUGAGUACUUCAUCCGCAAGCCCGACUCCUCCAUCUUGUUCCCCAAGCCCCACAGGUUUCAGCCGGACGGUAUGUGCACGGACAUGAGGAAGUUCAUCGACGGGCCCAGCAGCUACCUCACGCUGCCCGACGAGCUCAAGUCGGCCAUCGAGGCCGUCACGUACAUCGCUCAGGCUCUGCAGAACGAGAAGGACUCCAACGUGCUGAAAGAGGACUGGCAGUACGUGGCCAUGGUGGUGGACCGCAUGUUCCUCUGGAUCUUCGUCGUCUUCACCACCGUGGGCACCUUGGCCAUCUUCGCUGACGCUAGCUUCAACCAAACCCCCACCGACCCCUUCAAGGCCUCCUGAAGCGGCGGGACACGUGUUCUUCUUGAGCUACGCCCAUCCCGAUUCACCAGCCCGACAAAUCGGGGCGGAGACAUCCCCUGUAUUAAAGUACCGAAUGAUUCCCUGGUCGUAGUUCACCGUCAGCCAACGAAUUUAGACACUCGCAUACGUGUGACAGGCAAGAAACAUGUCAACCCCACCUCACAUGUUUAAGUCUUCAAGCACUGAUAACGUACUGCUCCGUCUCUGACUGACCACCCGAGAUGUUCCUUUCUCUUUAGUGUAGACAGUGUCGAGUGUUGAGAUGCAUUGUUAUUUACUCUCUGCAACGUGGGAGGCCAAAUCCGUGAUUUCAAAUUUCAAAGUCCUAUGCAACCAGUUCUUGACCCUCCCAUGCAUGAACCUUUCUGUAUCCACCCUGAGAGGCCGCCGUGUUGUCUGAAAAAUUCCUCCUGCGUUUUGUCUGGACUCAACAUUUCUGAGACGUGAGGCUGAUGGCGGAAGUGCCUUAAAACCUGUAUUCUGCAUCGUCAUGGCCAUCAAGGCGAAGCCUGGUUGUAUAGAAGUCUAUGGGAGAAUGACCCGCCUCCUAACUCAUCACCUCGGUAAAUAUUGUGAACAUGACUUUAUGUUCUCAAUCGUUAGUUUCUAGUCUUAUUAAAUACAGCGUGAUGUUCAUUGAGUAAACUAUGGUCCCAUUUAGAGCCAAAUAGACGAUAAAGCCGGCAAUGCUUUAGGGGCGUGGCUAAAAUGGCGUACUGGAGGUUAAAAAAAGCGGCAGUCUACAAACCGAUGGGUGACGUCACGGUGACCUCGUCUUUUCUUUUCAUGCAUGAAGAAAUAAUGGCAAAUGAAUGAGCUUCUCAGCCUCAGCAUCGUUGCCUUAGCACGUCUUGCUGACACGAAAUAUUCGAACACACAAAUAAAACAUCCAUAAACUCCAUUGUUGUGUGCAAGGGCAUUGAUAAUUGCAUGAAAUAUACUAACCAAGUCAAUAUUAGUGCACCUGGCAUGAGUGUAAAUCUGAAACGCUGGUGUGUUUUUUGUUUGUCUUUGGUGUCAUAGCUACAGGAGGGAUCUAGGUCUGAGUGCGGGUCCAGAUCGUGACUCCUCAUACGUGGUGUUCACACAUAAACACCAAGACAAACCAGAUGCUAUAAUGAGCACGAUGUACGCUCCGUCAGAGCGCGGCACAUGCUUGUGUGGAUAUAUCUGCAGCCGUAGUAAUCCUCUUUGUAUUUUCGGCACCAGCGUGUGUGUGUGUGUGUGUGUGUGUGUGUGUGUGUGUGUGUGUGUGUGUGUGUGUGUGUGUGUGUGUGUGUGUGUGUGUGUGUGUGUGUGUGUGUGUGUGUGUGUGUGUGUGUGUGUGUGUGUGUGUGUGUGUGUCUGCAUGGAGGCUAUUCUUAUGUCGACGUGCAUAAGACAUGCCAACUCAGUUCACCAGCUGCACCAAUAGCCUGUGGAAUUCCCAUUAUAUCGGAGACCUGCACCUAUGAGUGUCUCACUUCCACACAGACACGCACACACACUCACACACACGCGCGACUUUACGUCCACAUGACAUGAACACAAACCUGCCCUUUUAAUCUUUUGUCUCAUUUUGUGUCCGUUUUUUUGUUGAUUUGUAAUAAAGAUCUAAAGGGAAGAUAUCAAA